AUGCAUAUAGCGACAGCGCGAGGUCUCGCGAGUCCGUGCCGCGCGGUAUCGGCGCGGCCCGAUCGCGCGAGGCGUGCUUCCGCGUCGACGAGCUGCGCCUCUCCGCGUCGACGAACAGACGAGGCGGAUCAACGCGGGCGCACGUCGGUCGCGUCCAGGUCGCGGGACGAUGCGACGGGGCGAGUUCUGUCGCAUCGAGGGGCGAGCACGCGGUUCAGAGCCAUCGGUGAACCCGAGACCGGCGUGAUCGCGGACGAUUCCCCUCCCCCGCCCCGGGACGGCGACGUGGAAGGGGCCGAGGGCACGUCGCUCACCGCCGCGCGAGGGCUGCUGCUCGCGGUCCCCGUGCUGUGGGCCACGUACAACCCGGCGCUACGGUUCAUAUACGAUUCUCCAACCUCGCCGACGCCCGCCGAGCUAACCAGCGUGCGCAUGCUCGCCGCCAUGGUGCCGUUCACCCCCGUGUUCCUGAGCAUCGCGCGCGACGCAGCCUCCGCGAAGAUGACGACGACGAAAGUUGCCGAAGACGCCGCGAGCGGCGAUCGCGAGGCGCGCGGGGGAAGGGACGUGCGCCUGCUGCUGCGCGCCGGAGCCGAACUCGGGAUACUCAACUUCCUGGGCACCGCGUGUCAGGCGUGGGGGCUGGAGCAGACCACCGCCACCCGCGCGGGUUUCCUCCUCAGCACCAUCAACGUCGCCGUCCCGAUCUUCGCGGCGGCGGGACUCGGCGGCGCCGGCGCUCCACCCGUGACCAAAACCGCGUGGGCCGCGUGCGCCCUCGCCCUGGUCGGCGUGCUCAUCACGGACGCGCCGAACGUGUCUUCUUCUUUCGAUGCGUCGUCUGUUUUGAGUAGUUCAACGGACGGGUUCAACGGGGGUGACCUCGGGGUGCUCCUCGGCGCUGCGUGCUACGCGGUGUUCACGGUGAGACUGGGUAAGUGGGCGAGGGAGUACGACGGGCCGGAGGAUCUCGCCGCCGUUAAGCUGGCCAUGGUGUUCGCGUGCUGCUGCGCGUGGGUGCUGGUGGACCAGGCGGCGUACGGCAGCGGCGUCGGCGGGAAGUGGCCCAACGGCGGGCCGUGGGGGAGCGUGCUGUGGGCGGGAGGCUUCGACGCGGGUCUGUGGGCGGCUGUGGUGUACAGCGCGGUGGGUCCGGGCGCGGCGGCGAAUUUGCUUCAGAUGAAGGGACAGAGGAUCGUUCCGGCGGCGGAGGCGCAGGUCAUAUUCGCCACGACGCCGGUUUUCAACGCGGCGAUAAGCGUGGCGUUCCUGGGGGAGGCUGCGGGGGGGCACACUUUGCUGGGGGGCGCGGUGAUUGUGUUUGCUUCCGUUUUGCCGCUCGUCGCCGAAAGGUUCGGCGACGCGGGAAAAUCCUCUUAG